CUGCAGGCUGUCACUAUGGGGCUGAUGGUGAAGAAUGAGAAUAGGUCACUGCAGUACUGUCUGACAGUUCUGAAAGUAGCUGGGUUUCUGACACCCCCUAGGGAUGGUAGAAUUCCCCGUUUGACGCGUAGACUCUAUUGUUUUGGUGUUUUUAUGUUUUUAGUGGGCUGCAUCAUAAUGGCUCAAACGGGAGCCAUGUUCGAAAUAUGGGGAGACCUAGCUCUCAUGACCAGUGCAUCAUUUCUGCUGUUCACCAACCUGGCCUUUGCCACGAAGAUCAUUAACGUAGUGGUGAGGUCUCGUGAGAUUCAGGAGAUCAUUGAUGAAGGUGACGCUGAUCUGCUGGCUGAGGAUAGGUACCUGGGUAUUGAAGUCAUUAAAAGUUGCAAUGUUGAAACCACUAUGAGCAUGGGUUUGUAUACCCUGUUGUCUGGAGUGACGGUGUUCGGCUGGGCAGCCAGUGCUGAGAAGAAUCAACUGCCUCUCAGAGCUUGGUAUCCCUACGAUACUUCGAAGUCACCUGCCUACGAAUUAACAUACAUUGACCAGAGCUCAGCAGUAACGUUAGCAGCACUAGUGAAUGUUUGCUUGGACACUCUGGUGACGUCAUUAAUAGCGGUUUGCCGCUGCAGGCUGAGGCUUGUAGCGUUGUCUCUUAGGACUUUGUGUGAUGGUAUUCCUUUGCCUGACAAGCAACUGAUAUCACCAACAGAAGAAAGGAUAGUUCUCACUCGCUUGUCACAGUGCAUCAUAAAGCACGAGGCAGCUUUGAAGGCUGCCAGACAGAUACAGCGCUGCUUCUCUCUGCCCAUACUGGCGCAGUUCGCCGUGUCUGUCGUCAUCAUCUGCGUCACGGCUUAUCAGCUGGCUAUGGAGUUAAACAACAGAAAUUGGUUUAGGUGUAUACCUAUGGUAGCUUACUUGCUUUGCAUGGCUCUUGAAGUGUUUCUGUACUGCUAUCAAGGAAAUGAGCUCCUUGAAGAGAGUUCAGAAAUAGCAGGAGCGGCUUACGAGUGUCCGUGGUAUCACUGUUCAGUUCGCAUGCGUCGUACUCUGCUCAUCGUCAUGGUGCGCACGCGUCGCGCUCUCAGGCUCACUGCCGGUGGCAUCACCACGCUGUCACUCGCUUGUUUUACCUCUAUUAUAAAAGGUUCGUACACCUUCUUUACGGUCUUGCAACAAGCUGAAGACAGGAACCCGAAAUAAAUAUGAGAAGAUUUAAUGUACAAAGUAGUUAAUGUAACAGAUUGUCAAUUUCAUGAAUUUUAGCAAAGCUUAUUAAUAUUACAAAAAGGCAAAACUAAUUUGAAGAUGAACAAUCUACUUGUGAGAGUGUCCAUGGAGUUUCUUGCCGGUUCUUCUCCAUAAGACCAAUUCCUUGGAACCGUGCACUUAGAUGCUUUGUUUUCUGCACUGCGGUUCAUUAUUUAUACUUGAAUUUGGAACUUGACAAAUUGUACUUCCAGAAAUGGAAUCGUAAAUAGCUUUAGCAUCAACAUCAUAAAUUAAAAAUUUACCAGGAUUCGCGUCUAAUUAAUAUUCCUUCUGUAUCACGAUAAUUAAUGUACAAUGUUCAAUUAUUUUUCAAGCCUGUUUAGAUAGACAUUAUGAUCACGUGUCCACCAAGUCACGUGGAUGCUUGUA